GAAGCUGAAGCUACCUGCUGAAGCCAGUCCGCAGGUGUUUCUAAUGCUUCUGAAAAGCAAAGCGCUGAGCUGCAGCUCUGUGAGCGUAAAGGCAGAGGGGAGGAGGAAACGCAGCCUCUGAAAGGUUUGCUGGCGCUACCGGAUGUGACGACAUAUGUUCCUUCCGGCGGAGCGGUUUCAGUGUGACACCUCGACAUGACGAGUGGAGACAGAAUCACACCGAGCCGCGAAAGCUGCGUUUAUACCAGCUGCUACUGUGAAGAAAAUGUUUGGAAACUCUGCGAGUUUGUCCGAACGGAGAGAACCGCACCGCUGGAAGAACUGUUUGUGGUUUUCAUCUCUAAUGAGAACAGAAUGGUUCCUCUGUGGAAGCAGAAGUCCGGACAUGGAGACCAGCCAGUGAUCUGGGACUACCACGUCGUCCUGCUGCAGGUUGGUCUUCAGUUGGACUCUCUGGUUUAUGAUCUGGACUCUGAGCUGUCGUUUCCCUGCAGCCUGCAGCUGUACGCCGCCCAGGCCCUCCGCUCAGACCGCAACAUCAAACCUGCGUACCACAGGAAGUUGCGUGUCGUCCCUGCUGACAGCUUCCUGUUGAACUUUGCGUCUGAUCGAUCUCACAUGAAGAACUCUGAUGGAUCAUGGAGGAUGCCCCCCCCGCCCUACCCCCCCAUACACACCGCAGAGUGUCGGAUGAACCUGGACGACUUCAUCAGUAUGAACCCUGCUGUCGGCUGGGGGAGGGUCUUCAGUCUGGACCACUUCCUGCUGAGAUACACAGGAAACUCUUCUUCAUCAUCAUCAUCAUCAUCAUCAUUAUCAUCGUAGCUGUUCAGUUUUAGACGGCAGCGGGCGGCCGUGUGUCCAGACGGUUUGUUGCUAUGGAGAAUCAGAGCGCCUCCUGCUGGUCACUCAGUGUGUUCACCUGCACGGUGUUCACCUGCACGGUGUUCACCUGCACGGUGUUCACCUGCAGCAGGUCAGAAACCACAUUUCUGUUUUUGACUUCCUGAUUUGAGCUGUAGUUGUUAUAAUGAUGUCACCAUGACAACAAAUAUUGUCUUAUUGCCUCAGUAUGAUGAAAACAAACUAAUCAAUGUUCAACUGUGGAAACUGAAUGAUUUAUAUUUCGACUGAAUUAAAUUAUUUUGAAAUGAA